AUGUCGGACAGCAAUAAUGCGGCAACUUCGUCAUGGAGAAUCACUGUACGACAACUUGAAUCGCUUGUGCGACUCUCCGAGGCUCUUGCGAGACUUCAUUGCGGUCGCGAGGUGAAAGCUGAGCAUGUGAAUCAGGCGGCGAAACUGCUCAACAAGUCGGUUGUUAGCAUUAUUUUAGAGAAAGCGGAUGUUGAUCUUGAAGAUGAUGAUUUCGACAAAGAUAUUGUCGUUGUGGAAGCGAACAAAGAGAAUGAGGAAGAACGAAUGGAGCAUGAUGGAGAGGAUGCAGAGAAUCUGAAGCCUAAGGCAAUCGACCCAGCGAAACUGAAAUUGAAAUAUGAGGAUUACAAAAAAUACAAACUCGGCGAUGAGGAUUAUGGAGGUGUGAAGCAGAGCGAGCUGGUCGAUUGGUAUCUCAACACGAUUGAAGAAGACCUUGGUUCGGAAGAGGAUUACUUCGUGCAGAAGACGGUCUGCAAGAGAGUCAUUCGCCGUCUGAUUCAUGACGAGCGUGUCUUCUCGAAGUCGAACAAGGAGAUGACCCGACACUUUGUGUGCAUCCAGACUACGCCGUGA